CAUAGUGUUGGGAGUGAAUAUUCGCAAUGUGAAUAUUUAUCGCGAAUAUCGCAUAUUCGUGAAUUCGCGAAUAUUGCGAGUAUAGCGCUAAAUAUUCGCAAUUACGAAUAUACGUACGAUUAGAGGACAGCGACAAUAUUUUUUUUAAUCUCUUUUGGGUUAUGGCAGCCCAUAGCAACCAGAUUCCAUCUAUCCCAUAUCCAUUGCUGAUUGGUUGCUGUGGGUGACGGCUCUACUUUUUUGCUUUUACCAGAUUAUGGUCGCCUAUAGCAACCAACCAGGUUCUAGAAGUCCAUUGCUGAUUGGCUCUGAUUUUUCUGCUUUAUGGUUUUCCAUCGCAACAGACAGGCAGUGUCUGAUUGGUUGCUAUGGGUGAUGGUUCAUCGUUGACUGGUUGCUAUAGUUGUUGGCGCCAUUGCUGAUUGGUUGCUAUGGUUGUUGUCUCCAUUGCUGAUUGGUUGCUAUGGUUGUUGUCUCCAUUGCUGAUUGGUUGCUAUGGGUGACAACUCUACAUUUUUUGCUUCUACUGGUUUAUAGUUACCUAUAGCAAUUAACCAGAUUCUAGCUUUAAGUCCGUUGCUGAUUGGUUGCUAUAGGUGAUGGCUCCAUUGCUGAUUGGUUGCUAUGGUUGAUGGCUAUACAUUUUGCUUUUAUUUGUUUAUGGUUGUCCAUAGCAACCAACCAUAUUCAAGCAUUGAGGCCAUAUCUUGUUGCUAUAGGUGAUGGCUCUAUUGCUGAUUGGUUGCUAUGGUUGAUGGCUAUACAUUUUGUUUUUACUUGUUUAUGGUUUCCCAUAGCAACCAACCAGAUUCUAGCCUGAAGUCUGUUGCUGAUUGGUUGCUGUGGGUGACGGCUCUACUUUUUUGCUUUUACAGGUUCAUGGUCACCCAUAGCAACCAACCAUUUUGUAGAAGUCCAUUGCUGAUUGGCUCUGCUUUUUCUGGUUUAUGGUUGUCCAUCGCAAUCGACUGGCAGUAUCUUAUUAGUUGCUAUGGGUGAUGGUUCAUCGCUGACUGGUUGUUGGCUCCAUUGCUGAUUGGUUGCUAUGGUUGUUGGCUCCAUUGCUGAUUGGUUGCUAUGGUUGUUGGAUCCAUUGCUGAUUGGUUGCUAUGGUUGUUGGAUCCAUUGCUGAUUGGUUGCUAUGGAUGUUGGAUCCAUUGCUGAUUGGUUGCUAUGGUUGUUGGCUCCAUUGCUGAUUGGUUGCUAUGGUUGUUGGAUCCAUUGCUGAUUGGUUGCUAUGGAUGUUGGAUCCAUUGCUGAUUGGUUGCUAUGGGUGUUGGCUUCAUUGCUGAUUGGUUGCUAUGGUUGUUGGCUCCUUUGCUGAUUGGUUGCUAUGGUUGUUGGAUCCAUUGCUGAUUGGUUGCUAUGGGUGUUGGCUUCAUUGCUGAUUGGUUGCUAUGGUUGUUGGCUCCAUUGCUGAUUGGUUGCUAUGGGUAUUGGCUCCAUUGCUGAUUGGUUGCUAUGGUUGUUGGCUUCAUUGCUGAUUGGUUGCUAUGGGUAUUGGCUCCAUUGCUGAUUGGUUGCUAUGGUUAUUGGCUCCAUUGCUGAUUGGUUGCUAUGGGUGACAACUCUAAUUUUUUUGCUCUUACUGGUUUAUAGUUACCUAUAGCAAUUAACCAGAUUCUAGCUUUAAGUCCGUUGCUGAUUGGUUGCUAAAGGCGAUGGCUCCAUUGCUGAUUGUUGCUAUGGGUGAUGGUUAUACAUUUUGCUUUUUCUUGUUUAUGGUUGCCCAUAGCAACCAACCAUAUUCUAGCAUUGAGGCCGUGUCUGAUUGGUUACUAUGGGAGACGGUUAUACUUUUUUGCCCAUAGCAACAAGAUUCCAUCUCAUAUCCAUUGUUGCCAUGUGUAAGGUCUUCCCUUCUCGUCUGUCUCCCUCAAUGUCGCACAUUCGCCCCUUGACCUAGUUACCGCUCCUCGCACUACAUUUCCCGGCAUCCCCCACCCCCAGGAAGCCGGACACUUCCCUUUCCUUCUCAUGUCCCCGUUUAAAGACUACAUUUCCACGCGUCCCCCGCGGCCACCCCUCCGCCGCCAUCUUCCCUGUAGUCCAGCGCACUUCCGCCUUCCGUAGCAGACGAGGAGGCCGGGGCUCUGGUGAGGACUACGUUUCCCGGCGUGCUCCGCGGCUCUGUGGGCGGGAGCUGUAGCCUUUCCCACUGGGCGGCCAUGUUGGAUGUGGUAUUGUUAUGUGUGUGAGUGUGAAUGUGAGGGGAAGGCAGGCAAGGGAAGGGGGGCAGCUCCUUUAGGGCCCGGUUUUGGCAAUCAGGGGCCACGCACGCUCCCAGCCCAUGCCGCUUGUGGUGGAGGAGUAGUCGGCCGUGUCCCGUGUAGUCGGAAAUCCGGGGCCAUCAAUCAGAGAGAUGAGGGAGGCGGUGGGGGAGUCAUAGAGGAAGGAGGAGCUGGGACUGCUGGGAAAAGGGGUGCAGGCCUCCCCACCCCACAGCCCUGAGCCCCACACUGCCCCCUGCAGGACGCCCCCUGCCAGAGGCCCUACACCUGAGCCAGAGGUCACCUCCUGGAGGAUUCUGGGAGUGUGAGGGGCUCUAGAUACCCUAAUAUUGGUGUUCAGGCCCCUCCUAGAGGAUUGUGGGAGCGUGAGGGGCUCUAGACACCCCAAUAUUAGGGGACAAGACGUUCCUGGGGGAAUCGGGGGAAGGGUGGGGUUGUAGUUCAUUCCCGCAGACCCCCGUUACCAUAGGAUGCUUGGAGUAUAAGGGGAGACGUGUCAUAGGGUCAGAUAUUAUUGGGGUACGGACCCCCUAUAGUAUGGUGGGGGGCAGCACGUAAUAAUAACCCCCCCAGAACACCCUCUGAUUCUGAUCAUGAGCCCCGAGCCGGCUCAGUCAGCAGCGGAGAGCAGGUGCGGGCACAGCUGAGGGAGAUGUCGGGGAAGGGCCUGGGGGCAGCGCGGCGCAGGAGGACGCGCUGCCGGAAGUGCGAGGCCUGUGUGCGCAGCGAGUGCGGAGAGUGCAACUUCUGUAAGGACAUGAAGAAGUUCGGGGGUCCCGGGCGCAUGAAGCAGUCCUGUCUGAAGAGGCAGUGCACGGCGCCCGUCCUGCCUCACACGGCCGUCUGUCUCCUAUGCGGAGAUGCCGGGAAGGAAGACACCGCUCAGGAGGAGGAGCAGAAGUUUAACCUGUCCCUCAUGGAAUGUACCAUAUGCAACGAGAUCGUCCACCCCGGCUGCAUCAAGAUGGGUAAAGCUGAAGCCGUCAUCGACACGGAAAUCCCCAACUGCUGGGAGUGUCCGCGCUGUGUGAGGGAAGGCCGCACGUGUAAGGAUCCAUUGGACGGUUCAGGUAAACGGCGCUUGGACAACAGAGAAGACGCCGUACGGUGGAAACUGACGGAUGACCAGGCCCCCGGCAGGAAGAAACCGCCCGACGAGAACCAGGGACAUAAGAGGAAGAAGGAGAAGGAACCGGAACAGGACGCAGGGGUAAAGAAAAAGGUGAAGGCCGAGAAAGACAAGAAGAUCAAGAAGGAGCCGCAGGCGCCAUCAGAACCGGUGCCAGUGUCUGACCGCUCUCACCAGCGAGAGAAGAUCGAGCGCUUCAAGCAGAUGUGCCAGAUGCUGGAACGGGCCAGAAGCAGCACCUCGAGCUCCAGCUCCGACUCCGAUUCUGACUCAGACUCAAAGGCUUCCCGGGGAAGCAGCGACACCGGCGAAGGAGGAGGGGAGGGGCGGUCGUCCCGGAUCAGCUUCAGCACCAGCUCAGAGGAAGACGAGGAGGGAGGAGGAGGGGGCUCUGCCACGGACGGACAAAACGGCACCAGGAACGGCAAACAGAAAUCACCCCGGGGGAACAGCAGGGAGAAGGAGAACCGGAGAGGAGGGGUGGCCAUCAGGAAAGGGACAUGUGGUCGCAACGCGGUUCAGGCCUUGUCCAGGACUCAGAUACUAAAAAGGCCGCUGGUGCCAUCUCCACCUAAACCACCUCCCCUCCAACUAGAGAGACACGUGGUACGACCCCCUCCUCAUAGCCCCGAGCCAGACUCCCUGCCUUUGGACAGUGGAACGGACCAUGUAAUGCAGAGGGGGGUCUGGCUUGCUGUUUUUAGGCAUUUGGGACACAAAGAGCUAUGCGUCUGUAUGCGGGUGUGCCGGACCUGGAACCGGUGGUGUUGUGAUCGGCAGCUGUGGACAUCCAUCGACUUGAGUAGAAGAAAAUCAAUCACCCCUCCUAUGUUAAGUGGUAUAGUCCGAAGGCAACCGGUCAGACUAGACCUGAGCUGGACCAACAUAUCCGAAAAACAGCUGACGUGGCUGAUCCACCGACUGCAGGGACUGAAGGAGCUGCUGCUCGCCGGCUGCACGUGGAUGGCGGUCUCCUCGCUCUGGACCACCACGUUCCCCUCCCUGUCUUUACUUGACCUCGGCUGGAUACAAGGGAUGAAAACCUCGCACCUCCGAGAGCUGCUCUCCCCUCCAAACUCAGACGGCAAAACAGGAUCUGACCUCCGGGGGCGCCUUCCUUCUCUGUCAGAGCUGCGUCUGUGCGGUCUUGAGAUGGGCGACUCCGCCCUGCGCCUGCUGCUUCGAUACACUCCUCGUCUUCACAGCCUGGAUCUAAGUCACUGCAUCCACCUGACCGAUCAUGGGGUCCACAUCCUGACCGCAGCCACCUCCCCACUAAGGGACAGCCUCACUCACCUCAACCUCGCAGGGUGUAACCGACUGACGGACCAAUCUCUGGCCUUCUUCAAGCGCUGCCCCCACCUACGACAGGUCGAUCUGCGUUCCUGCCGCCUCCUCACCAACGAAGGCUUUCAGCGUCUGCUCCAAGAUCCACCUUCAGAAUCGGAGGGAAAACCUUUCGUGUGUGCGGAGGAGCACGUCCUGAGCCGCGAGAGCUAGCGGCAGACAUUUAUGGCUCCCGUCAGAGCACUAUUGCCCCCGGGCAAGGGGCUUUUCUACUGUAUCUGCCUCCUUUACCGGUCCAGAUGGGUUUUUUCCACCUGGAUUUUGGAAAGGAGGUUGCACUGAACCUUCCCAACUAUUAACUAUAUUGUGAUGCCAGUAGGGGGCGGCGAAAAGCUGCGGUCGUAUCUGGUGUUAAAAAUGGUUAUUGGCAGGGAAAAAAACGGAACUUCCUACUAGCUCAGCCUGAGAACUUGGGGGUAUGGACACUGUGGGGGUGUAACGUAAGGUACCGACAGGUAACGUACUACAGAACCUCUCUCUCCAGCCCAUCACGGGUGUCAUUGACCUGUACAAUCCUUCCAUUCUCCUCUCCACCCCUCCAACAUGGGUCGCAAGGCAUGAAGGGCACGGUCACGGCUCACUCCAAGGAGAAGGGGGCGGGAGGUAGUUUAUACUUUGCGGGGACGACGGGUGGGGCGGGUCAUGGUUUGGGAUGUGGGUACGUCUCUGCAGGACAAGAGAAAGGGAUCGUGGACUGAAUAACGCCCUAGGUGGUAGACGGGCAAUGAAUGUCAUAUAACGGACCGGGACAAGCUUCUGGGGACACGGGGCAGAGAACUGCAGGGCUUUCAGGGUGCGGAACGUCUCUCUCAACCCCCCGUCCUGCUUAAGAGGCUGCCGAGAACUGUAGCCUUUUUCUCAGGGUUAAAAAACAAAAAAAAGGGGCGAGUGUUCCCGAAAAUGGUGACACUGAGUAUUACACAACGGUGGGGGAGAUGAAUCUUCGUUAUAUCGGCAUGUUAAAGUGGUACUCCCCUGGCCAGCGCUCGGAAGUAAAUGUUCCGAACGCUGUUUUCCUGCUGACGGGUCGGCCUCGCCCCCUUGUGACAUCACUGCCACACCCCCUCAAUGCAAGAGUACCGUCAAGCCCCCUCCCAUAGACUUACAUUGAGGGGGCGUGGUCGUAAUGUCACGAGGGGGCAUGGCUGACUCACGCAGCACGAAAACAGCAUUCGGAACAUUUACUUCCAAGCGCUGGCCAGGGGAGUACCACUUGAAAGUAUUCGGCUGGUAUUGAUUAACGCCUUUGGCUGUAUUCUGGGGUGGGUAAAGGCUUUGAAGAGCGUCGCUGUGCAGCUAUGUAUUGGGGAGCGGAGAGAAGACUCGUCUAUUUCUGCGGGUGGCAGGUUACCGGCACAUAUCACUCUUCUCCCCUCCUCCAUCUCGCCGCCGGUUGUUGCGGUUUCUACAAUUCUGCUCUGUUAUUUUUGUUCUUUUUAUUUUAUAUAAAGUG